AUGUCCCUCCUCUCCCGAACUUCCACAGUCCUAGGCAUCGGCCUUGGCCUCUCCUUCACAAUGAACCCCCUCUCCCCCCUCCGCGCAUCCCCGAUGCAAUGCCAAUACAGCGCCCCCUACUACCGCACCGAAGCUCCCGCCGCAGAAACCGGCUGGGGCGUUCCCGCCGACGAUCACCUGCUCUCCAAGCAGGGCAAGACGAGACCGGGUACGAGUGCGGGUGGGUUUCUGACGAAGAAUAAUAUGAAGCAGGUUAGUUUCGGGAGUGUGUUGGGGUUGGUUGCGGGGGUUGGGUUGAGGGCUUUUUCGAGGGUGCUUGUUGUGUUGAUUGGGAUGGGGUUUGUUUUUGUUGAGUGGGCUGCGUCGAAAGGGUAUAACAUUGUGCCUGUGAACCGGUUGCAGAGAUAUGUCAAGAACACCGACUUGCAAAGGGCGUUGUCGAAGUAUGCGCCGUUUAAGGUGACCUUUGGUCUCACCAUGUCGCUUGCUGCGUUUGCGCAGUUUUAG